UCUCUUUCUCACUCUCUCUCUCUAGUCUCGUCUCUCUCUUCUCCUCUCUCUCUAAAAAAAGUUGCAGGGGUCUCUCAUUAUUUCUAUCACGUUUCGGACUCUGUUUCAUCUUCUCUCUCUGAAGACAUACAUAUAUAUAUAUAUAUAGAGAGAGAGAGAGAGAGGGUGUUGGUGGAGGAGAGAGAGAGAAAGAGUAAAAAGCAUGGGUUGUUUUCCAUGCUCUGGAAAUCCGAACAAACAACUGGAGAAGGAGAAGACAAGUCGCAAUAACAAUCAAAAUAGACGAGAUGAUCAAACACAGUCCACCUCAGAUACAUUGAGAUCAAGUCCAUAUAAAGGUGUGAAGGACCCUAAAGUAGUAAAUCAAUCUCUGGCAGCAAAGGAGUUGGAUGUGAAGGAGGUAAUUAAGGAUGCAGGGACUGAGAAUAAUAAGGCAAGGACAUUUACUUUUGAUCAAUUGGUGGCGGCAACAGAAACCUUCAAUUCGGAUUAUUUUUUGGGUGAGGGAGGUUUUGGCAAGGUUUAUAAGGGAAAAUUGGAGGAUACGGACCAGAUUGUAGCUAUCAAGCAACUUGACCGUAAUGGGUUGCAAGGGAUUAGAGAAUUCAUUGUUGAAGUAUUGACACUAGGUCUUGCUAACCACCCUAAUCUGGUUAAAUUAAUUGGUUAUUGUGCUGAGGGAGAACAGAGGCUGUUGGUAUAUGAGUACAUGGCAUUAGGAUCUUUGGAAGAUCAUUUGCAUGACCUUAGGCCUAAUAGGAAACGACUUGAUUGGAAUACUAGAAUGAAGAUAGCGGCUGGUGCAGCAAAGGGCUUAGAGUAUUUGCAUGAUAAAAUGAAGCCUCCUGUUAUUUAUCGUGAUUUGAAAUGCUCAAACAUUUUGCUUGACGAAGCCUAUAAUCCCAAGCUAUCUGAUUUUGGUUUGGCUAAAGUAGGUCCGGUUGGAGAUAAGACUCAUGUUUCUACCAGAGUGAUGGGCACAUACGGGUAUUGUGCACCAGAUUAUGCAAUGACCGGUCAGCUCACAUUCAAAUCGGAUAUUUACAGCUUUGGGGUUGUUCUUUUGGAGAUCAUCACAGGCAGGAAAGCAAUUGAUAAUAUGAGACCCACUGCUGAGCAAAAUCUGGUUGCAUGGGCACGACCCCUGUUCAAAGACCGGAGAAAAUUCCCACAGAUGGCCGAUCCGGUGCUCGAAGGUAAGUAUCCCACGAGAGGCUUGUAUCAAGCUCUUGCCAUUGCUGCAAUGUGUGUCCAAGAGCAACCAAACAUGAGGCCUCUCAUUGCUGACAUAGUCACAGCUUUGAAUUACCUUGCUUCCCAAACAUACGAUCCCCUAACCCAUCCUCUCCAAAGCUCCUCCCGGAGGGCUGCAUCUUCUUACCGAUCAUCUUCUCACCGAUCAGAAAAGGAUUCUGAAGACAACGGACGAGGGAGAGCCGAACCAGAGGACUAGUUUUUAAAUAUCAUGUGCCUGGUUAUCAUUUUUUUUUUUUUUUUUGUGUCCACAGAGGAUAACAGGUGCUACUUUCCAAUCAUAGACUCUUUAUGGAAAUUAUAGGGAUAUUCUUCCAUUUUUGUCCCUCUUUUUCCAUGUAAAUGAAGCUGUGAUUCAUAUAUAUAUAUAUAUAUAUAAUAUGUAAGAUACGUCUUUGUAGAAAAAGUUUUCUGUAGUUAUAGUUUAAUCUUCAUAUCAUUAUAAAUAAAGAGAAAAUACCUUAUUCUUGCUUCCUA